AUGGGUCCAGAGCAGCAGUACGCGCCCGUGACGCCACGAGCUCUGCCAAGAGGCGGCUCCUCGGCGCUGGCGGCGAAUGAGCUUCCCGAACCAGAACAGGACAACGGUGGCACAACCGAGUCUGUGAAAGAGCAAGAAAUGAAGUGGACGGAUCUGGCUCUCCAGUACCUGCAUGAAAACGUUCCCCCCACAGGAAACUAGCGAAUCACUGAGACUGGGUGCAAUGAGUGCAUGAAGGCAACACAGAAAUUGUUCUUCAGC